AUGCCACCAGCUUUGCCAACGUCGUUGAGCCCGCACAUAUGUAUUCUAACUUCCCCAGACUUGGCUGAACUUCUUGAUUCCACCGCGCUACCGCCGUUGCCACAUAUCCUCCAAUCUUUCUCCCCGCUUCCUCAAGGCAGGCUAGAUCUUCUUCAUUUUUGCUACCCGGUGCCACAUGAUUCAUUCGUCCUUCGCUUCUCAGACUUGCAAGAGAUCGAGGCCGCAUGUCGGGAGGACGAAGAGCAGCGCGCAGGUAGAACCAUAGACUGGAUCAGCGCGCGCGUCUCGCAAAGGUGCUCGAAAUGGGUGGAUGAUUGGGAGAAUACGGGUCCACCAGCGGCUGAGAAGGAGGCGGAUAUGAAGUAUCGGACACCGUGGUGGGAAGAGUUGAAGAGGUGUGUGCAUGGAGAUCAUAUUCCGUCUACUGUGGAGGGAUGGAAUCAUCCAGUUUCGAUCAUACUCGCCGUGUCCACCAUGGCUCCGAAUCCUUUACAGGCACUGGCACAACUUCACACACGACCUCCGGACCUCCCUCCUUGGGUUGACAGUGCGCGUCUCAUCUACACCCUGAUCGUACAUCCCAAGAACUCUGCCCUAUCGGACGAAGAAGCGGGCGCAUUAUUCAACGCAGUCAAAAAACAAUAUGGACUACAUAGUUAUCUCCUCCCUCUGACCGUACCCUCACCACCACCACCCCCUGUUCCCGUCCCCGCUCUCUUACCUCGCCUACCUCCACCACCGCUGCCGCAAGGCAGCCCCGACCCUUCCUCUGCAGCUGCGAAUAAUCCCGCCGCGCGUCCGCCUGCCGACGUUGAAGUAACGCUGAAUACUCUCAGGAUGAAUGAUCCCGAUAUUCAGCAGACCGCUCGGUUUGUCCGCGAGUUUGUCACCAUGAGUCUAGUCCCGUGGAUGGAGAAGUGCGUCAAUGACUGGAACGAAAACUUCUCCUCCAAUAGAAGACUUCCUUCUCGCCUCUUUUCCUCUACACGUCGUCUGUUUGGCACCGGCGCCACUUCAGCUCCAUCUCCGGCAAUAUCCACCCCAAUCAGGUCACAUUCAGUAUCCAGCUCACAGACCUUCUCAACGGGCUUCCCCACCCCCGUUGACCGCAUCUCGCAGCAACAACGGCUAGCAGAGUUCGCCACAGUAUUAGGCGACAUCAAGCUCGCCACAACGGUAUGGGAGGCCCUCAGGAAGGACGGCAAGGGUGGGUCGGAAACUCUACCUUUCCUCCUCGCUCCGUCACCCGCAAUUCAACUCCACGUCACACACGCCCUCAACACCAUCCGAACGCCCCAAUCCGAACUGUCCGCCCUUGUCCAAUUACGAACGAUGGUAUAUGCCGUCCGGUGGGAAUCUUGUCUCUCGAUGAUGGGAACGUUCAAGGCAGAAGAGCCACCGUCUGCGCUCUUGUAUGGCCAUGCCGCGCUGCUCAGUGUACGAAAAAAUGCGCGGAGACGGGCGGCGCUAUGGUACCUUUUCGCGGCGAACAAGCUCGAAAAGUAUGGGAUUAAACCGCUGACGAUGUAUUUCCUGCGGAGAGCGCACGAUCUGUAUGGACCUUCGCCAGAGAAGGAUCUGUCACCGUCCUUUUGGGACUCGGAAGGGGUGGAGCAACAUGCUUCGGGUGGCUUUGACGCUAUAUUACCCGGGAUCGAACAUGCACUCGGCCGAUUGCACUAUACCACGGGAAACGUCGAAGCGGCCGUCCAGUUUUUCCUGAAACUUUUACGUGGCUCUUCAGAACCUGUUGAUAGAGCGGCUUUGCUGGGGCUGCCGAACGGAAAUAUUGCGGAUGGCUCGAAGGCUAUGGGAUCCGACAAGGUGUUUCUGGAAGAUUUCCGCGUCGCGCUACAGCAUCUGCAAGAUACGGCAGACCAGAAGAUUGACUUGACGAGAAUGAAACUCCCCGUUAAGUUUUCUGUACCCAGCCAGACACGACUGCGAUUGAGUGGCGAUUCUGUGGGUGGAGAUGAAGCGCUUUGGGAGGUCCAAGAGGAGACGUGGCGAGCAUUCUGGAAGCCAAGGGGGAAGGAGACGCUUCGAAGUGCGAGUAAGGCUGCCGUCGAUGAGACAUUCUGGGUGGAUGUGACUUUACGCAAUCCCAUGGACGUUGACGUCAAUCUGUCCAACUUGACCGUUGUUUUGCGGGACAAGCUCGCAGAGGAUGAGGACCUUAGACCAGACGUUGUGGAGGUCGAAGUCGUCGAUGAUCUUGUUUUGAAUGCCAAGGAGAUUCGGACGAUUCCAUUGUUUCUUCGAGCAAAGAAACCUCUGACACUCCUCAUAACUCACGUUUCCUACGACUUCCUUUCCCUUCUACCGACCAUCGAACCCUUGGCUUCCAGAGGCCGUCGACUUCAGGAUACGCCGUUGCAACGCCAGAGCAAGAUGUACGCCCCCGAUGUAAUGAUCCAGACGGAGAUCGAGGACGCAAGUCAGCGAUUGCUUGUCAACUUUGUCGACGAUGGUCAGCUCGUUCUUGCUCACGGAGAAUGUCACGAGAUGCGUCUUUGGUUGUCGAACGUGGGGACGAAAUCAAUCGGAGAGAUGUGGCUGGUUGAGGGUCCUGAGGAUGAGUUGUGGAUAGAGAAACCUAAUUCUCCUUCAACUUCGUCAGGUGAUUCGGCACAGGAUGUUAUACAUUCUAGCAACUCUCUCACUUCGCGACCGCCACAACAAAUCAUCCUGGAGGAGUUCCACGACUCUCCAUCACUCUCACCAGGGAGUAAUUUCCAGCUCUCCAUGAAGUUGCACGCAGGGAAAGUCGGGGAACAGGAGCUCUGCCUCAUGCUCGUUUAUCGGGAGAAAGAGGAACAAUUCUUCCGCGCCGCUCGAGUGACGCGUCCUUAUAUCGUCCAGCCCCUGCUUGCUGUGACUACGUCUUCGAAACCUAGUUCUGUGAAGGAUCAUGCGUUCCUUCUUGAUGUGGAGGUGGCGAAUGUUUCAGAAAAUGCGGAUAUUGUGGUCUCUCAGGUUAUGACGAUGAGCCCACUGUGGACGUGCCAGGCCGUUUCGGAACCAGCAUGGGAUACACUUAUUCCCAAUCAAACCCUUCAUAUACCAAUGGAUGUGGAUCCAUGGGAUAAAGCCUCACCAACGACGCCUUUUAUAGACUUUGUGUCAAGUCAGUUGAAAUGUGUUAUGAACGGCCAAAACCUCGAACCACUUGACCCACCGCCAAUAGACGUCUUGUGUUGUCCUACCACAUCACACUCUUCACUUGACCCAUCGACAUCUAUGUUACUCCACCAAGCCCGACGCAGCACAGUCGCACAGUCACUAGCGACAUCACAUCCAUACAUCGCUCCGCACCUCCACCAAUCUAUCUUCCCUCUAUACGACCCUCAUAGCAUCGACGUCGUUCUCUUCUGGUCACUACCCUCCGAACAUCGGUCAGGCCACGUCUUAGUUUCCGGAGCGAGUAUAGGAGCCCGCCACGCGGCGCUGAAAGAGAUCAUUGAGGAAGCGGAGGUGGCAAAGGUGAAGAGGAGCAUGUAUGCUGAGACGCAGAGGGAGAAGGGCGCGAUAUUGGAGGCUAUACGGAAUAGCGAGUGGAAUGCGGAGAUGAACCCUCUCAUGGUGGCGUUCAGCGACGGUCAGCUCAUACAGCAUGAUUUCUCGAAAGGGCCUUGCCAUGCACCGGUUCCCGUCGUGCUCAAGAACUGCUCGCUCACGCACACUUCGAGAUAUACGCUCAAGCUCGCGGGCAAGACGAAAUCGGCAUAUCCUCCCGAGCUUUUACCCCAACCAUUCUAUAUGGGUCGCCUGACAUACCGCGGAACACUGAAACCACUACAAUCAGUCACCAUCACACCGACUCUCUAUGUUCAUCGACCGGACACAUAUAGACUAGGAGGCUGGAAUCUGGAAAGCGAGGUGUUGGAGAACGGCCCAGAGGGCAGGACUAGGUUCCGUUACUCUCAGGGGCCGCCAGAGAACGAGCAGUUAAGUUUGACGGUGAUGGAAGUGCAUGUUGCGUCGCCACCGUAG